UUACAGUAUCCCAUUCAGUUGAGUCUCGGCCGUUAGCUUAAACUGAGCAAUCUUACUGCACAGAUACGGUGAAUUACAUUUGCUCCUUAGCAGAUAAAGUACAAACAGUGUAAGAAGGAACAAAACAAAAAUAUACGUGUCUAAAAAUAAUUUCAACCAAAAGAGAAACCUCAUCAAUUUUAUACCAACAACAAAAAUACAAAGAACUAACGGAAAACGGCAACAAAUAAGCAAAACACAAAAAGAAAAUCGAACAAAUAAUAAAAAGGAACCCCUUGAGCGAACCUUAGCAGCAGCAGCAGCAGCAGAGCAGAAACAGAAAACACAGCAGAGCCGAGCGCAGCCAGCCAGCUAGCAGCCAUUAUGUUUUCCAUGUGCUCCAAAGUCAAACCCCGAAAUUCUAUAAAUUCUCAACAACAGCACCAACAUCCACAGCAGCCAACGGGCAAUGUUGGUAAACAAAUCAAAGGAGGAUAUUUGUUACGUUAUAAAAAACAACUUCUCUGGAAUCGAUGGGCUGAAGAGUGGGUGGUGCUUUACGAUGACUCGACGAUGGCCUGGUUUACAGAACCGGGACGCUCAUCGCCUGCGGGAAAAAUCCUUGUCAAAGAAGCGCCCGAAAUGUUGGCCAUAGCACACUGGACUGGACAAAUACCCAGGCGUCCUCCACUACCCGAUGGUUGUAGUGUCUCACAGCUAAUAGCCUUGGGCUCGAGAAGAAAGCGAUCCAAGGUCUAUUGGAUGCUGGCCAAGUCAGAGCAGGAAGUUAGUGAAUGGAUCGAUGCCAUUACAAAAACAUUGCCACCCCCUCCCCAGAUUGAAUUGGUCGUGGACAAACCCCAUUUAAUGAAUGUCUUACGCAGACCAUUGGUACGCAUACGACCUGCCACAACGUCUGAAGUGAAACAACGCAAAGCAUUGGCGAACAGCAAAUCACACUCUCGCUCAUUGGCUACACAGCGGGCGUUCUACAAUCAGAAUCCUUUGGUGAAAAGCGAUGCUGCUGUGGCGAUUUUAAGUAAAAAUCCCGACUCAAAGGCGGCUUUAGCCUGUGCUCUGCCCUGGGGUCAUGGCUGGGGAUGGGCGACACUGCCCAAUGGUGUGUGGAGCGGAGGACUGACAUGGUCUCAAUGUGAGGACACAUUCACUUUACACGCACUGCCAACUACGCAUUGCACCAAUUUAAUUGACACCUCCUGCAGUGGGGCUGUAUACCACACCGACAUUGGGGGUUUCGAUUUUCAUGCCUCGACAGUGGAGGACCUGGGCGGUGAGGACUUUGACUAUGCCAUGGACUGUGGCGAUUUUAUAUUUUAAGUAAAACCCUGCAACAGCCCACCCAUAAUCCCAACAUUGCCCCCAGUAGUGUCGUUUAAAAUAUACUCUCCAGCUGAAGAACAAGUUGAAGAAAAAGACGACGGCGAGGAGGAAGCCAAAGCAUUAACGAACCCCACCCUAAAAACAGAAGCGUUGUCCCAAAAGAAAACGCCUCCAGCAGCGCGCCUUUUGAGAAAACACUCUCUUUUAUUAUUAAAGCGAAUAAACAAAAUAACAACAACUACAACAAGAAUAACAAAACAAAAAAAAAAACAUAAAAAGGAAUUUAGAUAAAAAGCAAACACAAAUACAACAAACAAAAGAUAACGAAAAAAAAACACACAAACACAAAAAAAUGAAAGUCAAACAAGUGCAGACAAUAGUUCUAGAAUUUGUUCACAACAUAAUCUCGUAUGUGUAGCUAACAUACAUUUAAGCAUUGGGACAUCCCACACCUACUGGUGGGUGAGUGUAUUUGUUGGGUGCCAUUUCCAACCAGAAGAAGGAAGCAACAGACUCACCACCACAUCAGGGGGGAAAACACUCCCUCACAGCAACAUUGCGAAACCAGGCCACCAGAGAACCUUUAGAAAGCCAAUCAAACUGUUCGUGUGUCAUACUCAGCAAACAAGAAAUUAGGAAAAAAAAUAAAAACAAAACUCUGAUGAAAACCAACACCUCAAAUUUUUAAAGAAAAAUCAACAACAACAAAAACUAAAGAAAAUUAUAUACGGGUAUAUGAUUUAAUAGAAUUUAUUUAAUACCAACUCCCAAACUCCAGACACACACAAAUGCCAACCAAAUACCCACCAACCUCCAAUCCUACCCAUUUCCUUCCUUUCAAUCCCACAACAAACGAAUCUCAACUUAUAACCCAACAACCAAAAGACCGCACCGCUCUUAAACAUCCGUAUGGGAAACGGAGACAAUGCGGGCGAUGGACAGAUUGGUAACGCCUGUCAACAACAAACCCAACACCCCAACACAACACCAAUGGAAUGUUUGGUAAUCAAGUGCGAUUCGAAAUAAUUUCACUGCAAUUUACACACUAAAUUUUGAUAGAAAAGUUUUACAAACGCUCUUAAACACACGUAUAUAUAAAUACAUAUAAAUUUUAUUUUGUUUUUCUUUAAUCGACCCAUUGUUCAGAGUUCUCCACCAAACCAAGGACAAGGCGGACAAAAUUUUGAAACCACAAGAACAAAAAAGCAUUCAACUUUUUUAGUACUAUUAAUAAGCCAAAGAGAAAAACUAAACCCCCCUCUUCGAAAAAAACAAAAACAAAAUCCAAGCAAACACAGAGAAAAAAUGUAAAAAAAAUCAACAAAAUCAUUUUAGAGAACUAAAACCGAGAUCGAUGUUUUUAGAACGAAAAUGUUAUAGCUCUUAAGUCGAAAACAAGACAAAACAAAAACCCAAGUUAUUUUUGAAAACCAACUAGUUUAGUAGGUUACAAAUGAAAGACAAUUAAAAUCCAAAAACCAAUUAAACCAAAUUUGUUGUUUGUGGAAAUAGACGUUCACUUUUCCGGUUUAAAUGAAGCAAAAGAAAUACAAACAAACAAACACUUCCCCAAUCCCUUCCUCUUUAAAGAAUACAACCGAACUUGGAACUAAAUCUGCCAUUGUUGCCAAAUAUCGUAAAUCCAACUCCAAC